AUGGCAUUGGCAGCUUCUAGUGGACGACUUGGGGUAGACGCAUCCCUGGAGCUUUCUUCUGAUGAAAAUGGUGGUUUCCGUCUUCCCUGGGGCAUUCGAAAACGACUUCUGCAGAAGGGGAUCUCCGAGGAGCGUCCCAUCAGUGGAGAUGAGGUGAAGGUUCAUCUCCAAGGAAAACUUCAAGAUGGAAACAUUUCCAUCACUUCCAGCGACGAAGCCUUCACCUUCGUCAUCGAUCAGAGACCCAGAGAAGUGAUUCAAGGCUUGGAGCUGGGCGUGCAAACCAUGACGAAAGGAGAAGUGGCCGAGUUCACCAUCGCGCCACGCUUCGCCUACGACGACCUGGGGGCACCGCCCUUGGUGCCGCCCGAUGCCACGUUGGUCUUCGAAGUGGAGCUGAUGGACUGGGAGAACAAAUCCGAUGUGCUGGGCGAUGGGCGCGCCAUCAAGACCAUCACAGAGCGAGGUUCCGGCAAGAUGAAACCGCAGAAAGGUCAAGAUGUCGUGCUCUCAAUGAAGGUCACGUCAAGAAAGGGUGCCGUGUUACAAGAACACGUUGAGCUGGAACACACAGUCGGUGCUCCAGACUUCGGCACCAUCUCGCCGAUCAUUUUGGAAGUCCUGCGGAGCAUGAGCCAAGGAGAACGCUGCCACGUUUUGCUGCGCCGCUUUGCCAGCGACAAAAUUGUCGACACAGCCCACAGUGGUGCAGAUGUGGACCUUACCUUGGUGAGAAUCUUCGAGAUCAGCGACAUUUCGCCCGAAGAGGAUGGGACUCUGAUGAAGAAGUUCCUGUCGAAGGGUGGAGAGACGGGAGAGACCUGCCGAGCGUUUGAUGAAGUGGUUCUUCAAGUGGAUCAAGUAACAGAUGGUGCUAAGGAUGUGAAGUUUUCUGGAUGCUGCGUUCUAGAUUUUCCUCUUGGAAGAGGUGUUGUCUGCGAUGCUUUGGACUUUGCCGCUGCUACAAUGUGCGUUGGCGAGGAGGCCAAGCUGAUUUGCAGCGCUCCUCUCAAUUUUCAGGAAGCCAGACUUGGCUUGGACAGUUGCGUAGAGAAAGCAGUGAUCAAAGUGAAACUCACGAGUUUACGUAGAGGUCCCCACUUCCAAGAGCUCCAAGAUUCCGCGUUGACGACCAAAAUCGAUGAAGCGAAAGAUGCUGCAGCAACCCUCUUCAAGACGGGCCGCUUUGCAUUGGCAUUGGAAGUUUACAGAAGGCUCUCGGCAUCUUUGGAUGGAAAGUCGGAGGUGCAGAAGGUUCAGAGCAUCUGUGAGCUGAACCAGGCGGCUUGCUAUCUGAAGCUAGCAAAACCACAUCGGGCCAAAGAACUCUGCGACCGUGUGCUGGAAAAGGAACCGGGGCAAGUCAAAGCCCUUUAUCGCCGUGCGUCGGCGGAAUUUCAACUCUCAAACUUUGCGGCGGCCAUGAAAGACCUCACCGCAUUGCUGAAGGUGCAACCCAACAACAGUGAAGCCCGGGCCAUGGUUGAGCAGCUUCGCGAGGCUCAGCGGGAGUAUACCAAGGAGGCCAAAGCGGCAGCCAGUCGCAUGCUGGGGGAAAAAGCCGAUGCAG